AUGACGCUUGAAGACCUCCACGCUCUUGCAGCUGCCGGCCCAAGACAGAGCAAGCCGUUCAAAAAAAGACUCUUGCUGUUGCAGCCCAUCCUGACCCAUUUGCCCGAGUCUGCUACAAAUGCCUUCAAUAAAACAGAAAGGUUCUACCAACAAGUUUGGACCGACAUUCUGACGCCGUGUAUAGCCAUGGAGAUGGCAAAUUGGCGAUUCGAUCUGUUACACAAUGCUCAUGACGGGCUUGUUAGAGACAUACUCGUUGGACUUGAUAAGAUAGUCCAAGUACCCGAGUUCGACAUUCCUGAGGAGCUUAAAGAGACGCAGCUUCCUCGGAUAGAAGCUCUAGCCAGAGCGAUUGGAGAAGCAAACAAGACUGACACAUACUUGAUUGAACUUGUCCAACCCGAUAACGCCGAUGAACUCAUAGAAUCACUUAAUAGCCUUGCAAAAAUAAUGGCGGACAACGAAAGUCCAGAAUACAUUGCAUAG